AUGCUUCUGGAUGCAGGACCCCAGUACCCCACCAUAGGAGUCACUACGUUCGGCUCCUCGAGACAUCACUCAACAGGCGAAGUCACAGAAAGAGAAGUGGCUUUGGGGAUAAAUCCGUUCGCAGACGGGAUGGGAGCUUUUAAAAUCAACCACAGCUCCCACGACCUGGGCUCCGGCCAGACGGCGUUCUCCUCCCAGGCUCCCGGCUACGCUGCUGCCGCCCUGGGUCACCACCACCACCCGACGCACGUCAGCUCCUACUCCACCGCAGCAUUCAACUCCACCCGGGACUUUCUCUUCAGAAACCGGGGCUUCGGGGAUGCCACCAGCGCGCAGCACAGCCUGUUCGCCUCGGCAGCGGGAAGUUUUGCAGGGCCACAUGGACACUCUGAUGCCGCGGGGCACCUGCUCUUCCCGGGACUCCACGAGCAAGCCGCAAGUCAUGCAUCAUCAAAUGUCGUCAACAGCCAGAUGCGCCUUGGCUUUACCGGGGACAUGUACGGCCGGGCUGACCAGUACGGCCACGUUACGAGCCCCCGAUCCGACCACUACGCCUCGUCCCAGCUGCAUGGCUAUGGUCCUAUGAACAUGAACAUGGCGGCUCACCACGGGGCAGGGGCCUUCUUCCGAUACAUGAGGCAGCCCAUCAAACAGGAGCUCAUCUGUAAGUGGGUCGAGCCCGAACAGUUGUCGAACCCCAAAAAGGCUUGCAACAAAACGUUCAGCACGAUGCACGAGCUUGUGACCCACCUGACAGUGGAGCAUGUGGGGGGACCGGAGCAGUCGAACCAUAUUUGCUUUUGGGAAGAGUGCGUCCGAGAAGGAAAACCAUUCAAAGCCAAAUACAAACUGGUAAAUCAUAUCAGAGUGCACACCGGAGAGAAACCAUUCCCAUGUCCCUUCCCCGGGUGUGGAAAAGUGUUUGCCCGAUCGGAAAACCUGAAGAUCCACAAAAGGACUCACACUGGUGAGAAGCCUUUCAAGUGUGAGUUUGAGGGCUGCGACAGGCGGUUUGCGAACAGCAGCGACCGGAAGAAACACAUGCACGUCCAUACGUCUGACAAGCCUUAUCUCUGCAAGCAAUGCGACAAGUCCUACACACAUCCAAGCUCUCUGCGGAAACACAUGAAGGUUCACGAGGCCACCACGCAAGGACCCCAACCGUCACCAGCGGCCAGUUCCGGGUACGAGUCGUCCACGCCGCCCACCAUCGUGUCCCCGUCCACAGAUAACCAGAAUUCCAGUUCCAUCUCACCGGCAGCAUCGACAGUACACCACACGACCAGUCACCACACCACGCUGUCGUCAAAUUUUAAUGAAUGGUACGUGUAA